UGUAAACAAAGCAGCAUGGCGGACGGCGGUGUAGAAGAGACACGAGCAGAAAGAAUUUGAUGGAUAAUAGAACCUCCGACUCAGAUGGACACAAAACAGUCUGUGAAAAACACACUGAGCGACUUUUCUCUCGAGGCUCACGAUCUCUAUUUGAACGAGUCGGUGCCGUACCUGGACACGCCACCAGACCCGCUGCAGUUCUACCGAGACUGGAUUGGUCCAAAUAAGCCAUGCAUCAUCCGCAACGCGUUCAGCCACUGGCCCGCUCUGUCCAGAUGGACGCCAGACUACCUGAGGGAGAAGGUGGGGUCAAAGGUCAUCAGUGUUGCGGUGACGCCGAACGGUUACGCCGACGCGGUCGCUGGCGAUCGCUUCGUGAUGCCUGAAGAAAGACGGAUGACCUUCAGCUCCAUGCUGGAUAUCAUCGAGGGGAAGGUGCAGGCCAGUGGCGUGUUCUACGUCCAGAAGCAGAGCUCCAACCUGCUGGAGGAGCUUCCCGAGCUGACGGAGGACGUGGAGCGGCACAUUCCCUGGAUGAGCACGGCACUCGGAAAGCUUCCGGAUGCAGUGAACUUCUGGCUCGGAGAGUCCAAUGCAGUCACAUCGAUGCACAAAGACCAUUACGAGAACCUUUACUGUGUCGUCUCCGGACAGAAAGACUUCCUGCUGCUGCCACCCACAGACCGCCCCUUCAUCCCUUACGGUCUGUACCAGCCAGCCGUUUAUCAUCAGCGGGACGAUGGCGAGUUCGAGGUCGUCGAUGAAAAUGACUCUGAGAAGGUCCCAUGGAUCCCCCUGGACCCUCUGGAUCCGGACCUGGAGCGGUUUCCUCAGUACCGGCAGGCCCGACCGAUCUGCUGCAGCGUGAAGGCCGGAGAGAUGCUGUUCCUCCCCUCUCUGUGGUUUCACCACGUCAGGCAGUCACACGGCUGCAUCGCAGUGAAUUUCUGGUAUGACAUGGAGUACGACAUCAAGUACAACUACUUCCAGCUGCUGGAGGCUCUCAGUGGCGUCUCCACGUUGGUGUGAUUUGUAAAUAAAGGUUGGAUUCAAAGAGCAGAAUG